AUGUCACUCACUAUAGCCUGUGAUAUUGUUGUUUUAUCGUUCCAGAGUUUACGAAGAUGCUCUGGUAUCCCAGAAAUGAAAACGAUCAUUCGUGGAGUAGUACUGAGAGAUUACUUGACUUUUCGCACGCUUGUGUCAAAAGUUUUCGGCGUUGCAUUGUCUUUAGGAAGCGGUGUUCCCAUUGGGAAAAUGGGUCCAUUCGUACAUAUUGCUUCGGUAGUGGCAAAUCAGUUGUCAUUGCUAGGAUCAAAAAUUGAUUCUGCAUUUGGUAGCGAAACGAGGAAGUCUGAAUGCUUAGCUGCUGCAUGUGCAGUAGGAGUUGCUUGCACAUUCAGUGCACCCGUUGGAGGUUUUUUUUAG